AUGGCCUUUGCGAAAGCAGUUACGAAUGCAAACGGAGCAGCCACGAUAAAUUUCCUUAUGGAACUAAUAACAUCUUACGGAGUCCCUAAAUAUUUUUGUAGUGAUAGAGACACUCACUUUAAAAACAAAGAAGUAGAGUAUGCAUGCAAAAAACUAGGAAUUGAACAAAUAUUCUCAAGUGCCUACCAUCCACAAACGAACGGUAUGACUGAACUAAUGAAUAAAAUUAUUUGUAGUAGCCUAACGCACUACGUAAAUGAAAAUCAAAAACAAUGGUCCUUAUACUAUAAAAUGGUAGUUUUUGCAUAUAAUACUUGUCCUAGCUCAAGACUAAAAGUCAGCCCAUUUUAUUUACUACAUGGCAUGGAAGCUAAUCAACCAUUGGACAACAAGUUAAUGUCUGGAUAA